CAGUUCUCCUUCAACAUGUUUGACCACCCGAUUCCCCGGGUCUUCCAGAACCGCUUCUCCACGCAGUACCGCUGCUUCUCCGUGUCCAUGCUCGCGGGGCCUAAUGACAGGUCAGAUGUGGAGAAAGGAGGGAAGAUAAUUAUGCCACCCUCAGCCCUCGACCAACUCAGCCGACUUAACAUCACCUACCCCAUGCUGUUCAAACUGACCAACAAGAACUCGGACCGCAUGACGCACUGUGGCGUGCUGGAGUUUGUGGCUGACGAGGGCAUCUGCUACCUCCCGCACUGGAUGAUGCAGAACCUGCUGCUGGAGGAGGGGGGCCUGGUUCAGGUAGAGAGCGUCAACCUGCAGGUAGCCACGUACUCCAAGUUCCAGCCCCAAAGCCCCGACUUCCUGGACAUCACCAACCCCAAGGCCGUGUUAGAAAACGCGUUGAGAAACUUUGCGUGUCUGACCACCGGGGAUGUGAUUGCCAUCAACUACAACGAGAAGAUCUAUGAGCUGCGGGUGAUGGAGACUAAGCCUGACAGGGCUGUGUCCAUCAUCGAGUGUGACAUGAACGUGGACUUCGAUGCUCCACUGGGCUACAAGGAGCCGGAGAGACAAGCCCAGCAUGAGGAGGCAGCCGAAGGCGAAGCUGACCACAGCAGCUAUGCCGGGGAGCUGGGCUUCCGCGCCUUCUCCGGCUCCGGGAAUAGACUGGACGGGAAGAAGAAGGGUGUAGAGCCCAGCCCCUCCCCAAUCAAGCCUGGAGACAUCAAGAGAGGAAUUCCCAACUAUGAAUUUAAACUUGGUAAGAUCACGUUCAUCAGAAAUUCACGUCCACUGGUCAAAAAGGUUGAAGAGGAUGAAGCUGGAGGCAGAUUCGUCGCUUUCUCUGGAGAAGGACAGUCGCUGCGUAAAAAGGGAAGAAAGCCAUAGGUUGGGACCGUUGGCUGAUUGGAAAAUAAAAUAAUUGCAACA